UGUCCGAAAGAAUAAAUAAAUACGGUCAACUGCAGCGGUGAACCACACUCCAUUAGUCCUCGAGCUUGUCGAAUAUAAUUAUAAUCAACUCGUUAUGAAGUUUUUCGUCGCUGGGCUUCUGCUCAGCCUGGUGCAACUCUCAAUGCAGAAAGCGAGACUUGUUGGAGAUUGCAGUAAAUUUCCUGCAAAAGUAAAUGCCCUAUCGCGUAUGUGCUGCGAACUCGACUGUGAGGGUGAUCAGCUAAAGAUUAAUCGAUGCGCUCCAGACCCUUGUCCACCCGGAACGUUCUCAGUUGGUUUGCGGUUAGGGGAUCUGAAGAAGGGCAUCUUCCCUGACUGUUGUUCAAAACCGAUUUGUGGACCUAAAGUGAGGCCACGUCCAAAGAUAAUACCCACGCCCCCAAUUGAACAUGAUGACGUAGAUCUCGGUGAUGAUGAUGAUGAUGAUGAUAAUGAUAGUGAUGAUGACAGUGACGAUUCUGAUGAUUCAGACGAAAAAUAAGAAUGUAUCGCGAAAAUUUACCUCCACAUAAAUAAACUCAAAUGUUAUGUUAA